CAACAACCACACCAGUCGAAGUUAGUAAAUCGUUCGGUACAGUGCACUACUAUUUUCCUGUAGCCCACAAGAAAAUCACAUACAUCUAAACACAACCAUGGCUUUCAGGUUUGCAGUCUUAGCAUCGGUUUUGGCGGUAACAUGCGGCUCGCCAGUGUACGCUCCAGCUCCAUACGCACCCACCCUAUACGCUCCAGCUCCGGGUUACGCGGCGCCGAUCAAGUACGCGGUAGCACCCAAAGCCUACGACAUCGACUACGACCCGAACCCGUCGUACUCAUACGCUUACGACGUGCACGACCACCUGACCGGCGACGUCAAGAGCCAGCACGAGACCAGACAAGGCGACGUCGUUCACGGAUCCUACAGCCUAGUCGACCCAGACGGCACCAAGAGAACCGUCGACUACACCGCCGACCCGCACCACGGAUUCAACGCUGUCGUCACUAAGGAACCGUUGGUCAAGGCGUACGCGCCCGCCCCGUACCCGGUCAAGGCGUACGGUCCUGCUCCGUACUACCCAGCCAUCAACAAAGCCUAUGCCCCGUCGUACCCAUCAUACCCAUUGUAUCAUUGAGAUCUCACCUUAAGCAAAGAAACGCAUGUCGUUAAGCAAACGAACGCCUUUCCUACCAUCCGAAAAUAUGAUUUUUUAUUUUAAUUUUAUAUUAUAUAGUACGCCGAGUUUACCUACAGAACACUUUAAUAAAAUAUAGUUUAUUAUACUUUUUAAA